AUGCAAAGUUGCAUUAAAAGUUAAUUAAAAGUGUCAACUUUGCAUUAAAGUGUCAUUAUUUCCCAAAUGACACUUCAUGACGACAGUUCUAAACAUUCGUGUUCGUAACAGUGUCAUGUGAGUCUUAUGCGCACCUCUUCAAAUAAAGUGUCACCAAAAGGUCUGACACCAUAUUUAAGGUUAUGUUCUGAUGUCAUCAGUAGCAACUGGAAAACAGAACUACUAUCUGGUUUGUAUUGAGCCAGUCGGUCGCUGCACCGACACCAAAGCCAAUACCUCUGCGGUUCUGCAUUCUAUACGAGAAAUCUCUCUUUUUUUUUAAACCUGAAUUCAUCUUUAAAGUCUCCAUAAACAUCACAAGAAGACAUCUGAUACAAAUCUGUUCUCCAGUUUGGUGUAAACUGACCUAUGAGUCACUGAUGAGCAGCUGGUUGGAAAACUUAAGGACUAAAACAUCAGUAGGAAGCACUUUACUGCCUCUUCCUGCGUAAUUAUCACUGCAUUCCCUAAACAAUUUCAUUUAAAGGGGCAGUAUCAUCUAAAAUUUGCUUAUUUUGAGCUUUUACAUCAUGUUAUAAUCUAAUUCCCUCAUCAAAAACAUACUUUUGCUGGUGUUUUGCACAAUUGAUUGGUUAGCAUGGGAAAUGAACGUAUUUCUCAAACGUACAUGAAAGAAUCAAAGCAAGACUCAAGGUAGGUUUUUGAUGAGGAGAUUACAUUAUAAUAGGAUAUAAAGGUUAAAAAAAGUUGAUUUUACAUCAUACUGACCCUUUCAAAAAAAAAAGAUGCAAGUUUUUACCACCGUACUUCCAAGAGUGACCAUUAGGUGGCGGCAUUUAUCUUUUACUGUUUUACGAGAGGAUCUGUAAACCCUGUUCAUAGGUUUAUUUUACUGUUCUCUAAAAGGUAAUGAAGUGUGAAGUGACUACUUUAAAGAGCAGUCCUCUGAAUCGGCACCUUUAAAUGAAGCGUUCCAUCAGUAGAACAGAUGCUGCCUCUGAAUUAUUCUGUGCUAAUAAUUCAGAUCAGUAAAAAGUGCAUGUGUUAUCAGAGGCAGGGAAACGGUUUAUCCACAGUUGGUUAAAUAUGUUGUUGUUAAUCAUUGUUAGUGAACUGAAGGCUGACACAGACCAUCAGAGCAAGCAUCACAUUUUAAAUGUGUUUAGUUGAGCACAAGGUGUUAAUCAAUAUCCUGGUGCUGGUAGAGCUUCUUCAGCUGGUGUUGUUGGGAACCAGUCCACUAAUCGGAGCAUUCCCAUUACAGCUCCAGACUUUUAAUGUGUUUUGAUGGGAAUUUACGUCAGAGACCAACACAAAGUGCUGAUAAAUGUUUCUGAGAAUUGUGUGACAUCUGGAAAGUGUGGUGUGCACUUGUUUUCAGUUCCCUUUGUCACCCCACAUUAAAAUUCUUGUGCAGUCAUAUGACUUUGUAUUUUUGUUCUUUGAAAGUUUGGCCCAUUCACUUUUGCAAGGAAAGUCAAGCUCUGUUGUAUUGGAUGGAAAGUGUCAUCAGAUUCCUAUUUGGAUUUAGUUCUGGACUUUGACUAGAGCAUCUUAACCCAUAACCCACAUACACCCAUACAUAGUGUUUUAUUUGUAGGCCACAGAGUUACGUUUUCAGGACUAAUUCAUCUAUUUGUCCUCUGUUAGCAUUGCAAUCCUGAUGAACUCUGCUCAAAAACAUUCUCGACAUAUCGCUACAACCUGGACUUUCUCCCCUUCACUUGGAUUGUCUCUGGCAGGUUUUCUACUGGGCCAAUCAGCUAAUAGGAGAUGCUGUGAACAAGAAACUUAGAAUUGUAGUUUACUUUGUUGACAAAUUAAUCCCAAUUUUCAUUAAAACGUCACACAGUAUCAGUUUUGGGACAUCUUGCUUCAUUUAAUUGUCGCGUGUUUGGUUUAAUGCUGCGGUCCACAUUGUUGGAACCAUAUUUUCGCUAAACUGUUUAUGUGAUAUUUUGUGAGCUCUAAAUGUUUAUGGGCCCAAUCUUUUCUCUGUAGCAGUUGAGGCUAAAGACCAUCGUCUUCCUGUGUAGUUCCGCUCGAAAACAGUUCACGCGCAAAGUGUGGUACAGGAGCCUGUUGGUUUCUGUUUUUGUUUUGUUUCUUAAACAGGCGCCUCCAGCCCAGAUCCUGUCAGGACGCGCCUGGUAGAGGUGAAGGUGGAGCGGAGGCAGGCGGUACCGGGGCUUUGAGGUGCGUCGUGGUGAAAGUCACGGUACUGUUUCCGACCCAGUGCGGUGGCACCAACCCAGGCUGUAGCGAACCGGGCACUGAGACAGCCUGAUAAAGUCAGAAGUUUUCUCAGCAGCCUAACUAUUUCUGUGUCUGUGUGUCUUUUCUACUGAAAAAAACCCCGAAAUGAAAUAAAAACGGGUAUUUGUAACUUCAACAUUAGACCUUUAUUACGGUUUUAUUACGUGUAUUAAGUGUAAUUUACGGUUUUAUUAAGUGUAUGUUGGAAGAAAAAAAAAUCUCGGCUAUAAUUUGACAUUUGAAGGGCGCAGUUCCGCCCCGUCACCCCCUCUCACCACCCCAUGGGCAUGGUGUCCUAGCAACAUGGAGGCAGAGGCAUGUCUCUGAUGAGAAUCGAUUCAGUCAUUUUUUGGAAGAAAAAAAAAAAAAAAUUGGGGCACCGAGGAUGAAAGGGGCAGGUGCUCCCUCCGCACCCCACUCUGCACGUAUUGUGUUAUAUUUAUUAUAUGUAAAUUAAACUGCUGACAUUUUAAUGGGCUUUGUUGUACGACAUUAUUAGUGGCCUCAUGUGGCCGUCUUUUGUCAAACUUUCUGUUUUCUCCCUGUUGGGACGCUUUACAUAAAAGGCGUUACCAGCCUGGCGGCGCGGCUCUACAGCUCCUCGGGUCAGAAGCGCGCUGGGCUCGGAGGCAGAUCCUCGGCAGAACACGCCCUGAUAGAAAAAGGUAGCCCCACGCGGAGUGAGACCCAGACGGACGCGAUCGUUGAGCCAGUUCACACAGCGGAGCGGCCGGGAUCAGCCGCUCCAAUAAUGCCCCCUCCGCAGGCUCCCACAAACGGACUCCCACCGAAUCAGACCGGGACGGGCCCGCUGCCACUCACUGUGGACUCACUGUGGACCGACGGCUCGGAACACCUGGAGACCCUGAAGGAGUUUUCUGCUGCGGCAGAGGAUUAAAUCCCACCAUGAGCAGGAAGACCCGGCGCUGGAUUUUCCAUUUUUUCCUCUGCCUCGGAGUAGUUUACCUUAAAAUCGGGGGGCUGUCGUCGGUGGUCGCGCUGGGAGCCAGCAUCAUCUGUAACAAGAUCCCGGGCUUGGCCCCCCGGCAGCGGACGAUCUGUCAGAGCCGACCCGACGCCAUCAUCGUGGUGGGAGAGGGAGUCCAGGCGGGCAUCAACGAGUGCCAGUUCCAGUUCAGGCACGGCCGCUGGAACUGCUCGGCCCUGGGGGAGAGGACCGUGUUUGGGAAGGAGCUCAAAGUGGGCAGUAAGGAGGCUGCAUUCACCUACGCCAUCAUAGCGGCCGGCGUGGCCCACGCGGUCACCGCGGCCUGCACCCAGGGCACUCUGAGUGGCUGCGGCUGCGACAAGGAGAAGCAGGGUUUCUACAACCAGGAGGAGGGCUGGAAGUGGGGCGGUUGCUCUGCGGACGUCCACUACGGCCUGGGGUUCUCCAAAGUGUUCGUGGACGCACGCGAGAUCAAGCAGAACGCCAGGACGCUCAUGAAUCUGCACAACAACGAAGUGGGCCGAAAGGUCCUCGAGAAGGAGAUUCGCCUGGAGUGCAAGUGCCACGGUGUUUCCGGAUCCUGCACUACCAAGACGUGCUGGAUGACGCUGCCUAAGUUCAGGCAGCUCGGAUACAUCCUGAAAGACAAGUACAACCAAGCGGUGCAUGUGGAGCCCGUCCGCGCCAGCCGCAACAAGCGCCCCACCUUCCUCAAGGUCAAGAAACCCCACUCCUACCACAAGCCGAAAGACACGGAGCUGGUCUACAUCGAAAGGUCGCCCAACUACUGCGAGGCCGACCAGCUCACCGGCAGCAUGGGAACACAGGGGCGCCUGUGCAAUAAAACUGCUCUGCAGCCCAACAGCUGUGACCUGAUGUGCUGUGGCCGUGGAUAUAACACUCACCAGUACUCUCACGUUUGGCAGUGCAACUGCAAGUUCCUGUGGUGCUGCUACGUCAAGUGCAACACCUGCAGCGAGAGGACAGAGGUGUACACCUGUAAAUAGGGAUAUUUAUUAGGGCACACACCUGGACUGUGUUGUGUGUGAACGCGUGUGUGUGUGUGUUUGGGUAUGUGUGGCUUUUCUUUACAAAAUCACAUUACAACAAUUUUAACUGACCUGUUCUGCUUCUAUUGAUUAUGAUGACGCCAAUGGACGUUGGAUUCAGCUCGUAGGUCCAUAAUUGUUCCAUUAAUCUUUCAAGUUCAGAGCUUUUUCAUAUUGCAGACUACUUUUUUGGGGGGGGCAGUCUAUGUUUAUAGGUGCAGUGGGACUAAUGUCAAAUGUUAUUUGCUUUUCAUUUUGUAGAAUAGUAAUUUAUUGACUUAAAAAACUACUGAUCACAUUGAAAACACUGCAAAAACACACAAAUUCUACCAGGUAAUUUUUGUCCAGUUUAUAAUGCAAUUAUCUUAGUUUUGUCUUAUUUCAAGUUUACUAACUUUCAAGUAAUUUUUCAGCAAGACAUAGGAGUUAAGUCAAUUUCUUAAAAUUUGUGAAAAAUACUACUUCCAUUGGCUGAUUCCUUCACUAAUAAGAGAUUUUUCCCAUGUUGUAAAUAAAAUAAUCUACCAGUGAAACUAACACUUUUUCAUCAAUAUUAAAUAUUUAUUUAA